CGACGAAAAGUACCAAAGUGGCUGCAUCAAAGCAAGCCAGACAGGCGGCUAAGAGCAACGAAAAUCAAAUUUGCAUAGGAUUUGUGCAAACAGUUUUAAUGCUUCUGAAAGUGGAUUAGUGGCGAGCUCGCAGGAAGGUCCCGUCUGGUGUACGCUGAGAAGGUUUAGCCGUGGAUCAUCCUACCGUGGAAGUUAUAUUCACUGGGUCAGACACAGAACACUUGAGACUUUUCACCGAUUCCGGCCGCAUCCGCUCGUUAUCCUUUCUUCUUGUUUGGAUACCCCAUACCGGGCACAUUUUCUUUCUCCCUAAACCGUCGUCACUAAACCAUGUGAGGACAAACCCGUCCAUCCGGAACACACUGAUGCGUAGCCAUCGACAACAACAGUGCUUAUCCACCAACGCCUACUGCCACGAACGGCUCAAUUGCGAGCGGGGAGCCAGAAAGAAUGUAGAAUGAAAAUUCCAAGCACCAACAAUUGCACUGUCCACUGCUGCUGUUGCUCCCGUUGUUGUCCUCCUGAGGCCAUCGUCAUCAAGUUGGACAACGCAAUAUGCACAUUACUUCACUCGGUGGUGGAGGCGGUGAUAGAAGAGGACGACGCGGCGUCUCCAUCGGAUCGGGUAAAAUACUUCUCUGCUGCGUGCACAUUCUGCUCGUGCUGAUCAACGAUGCUUUUGUUGACGGUCUACGCAAGGGGAGGCUCAUGGUGCCGGCAAGCUAUACGGCCCAAACGGACGAUUUGGACAUUCAGCUGCAAACCGAGGACACACCAGCCGAGCUGAUGACGCACGAUGCAUCCGAUCUGAAGCUACAAAUUUCCCUUGUCAAACCAACCGGGGGAACGACAAUCUCACUGCUGGAUAUUAAGCCGGACGUGAAUCACAACGUGACGCAAAUAAAGAUCCCCUGCGGUUAUUUCAUGCACGGAGGAGCUUACGAGUUGAGCAUUGAACAGCCGGCAGCCAUCAACACAGUAGGCUCGGCAACAGCCGGCAUGGAGUUCGAUGAGCGACUGCGACAGCAGUUGAAUGUGAGUUGGCCAACGCCUACUGUGAGUCUAGUGCCUAGUACGAUCAGUACAUAUCCGGAGGAAAUUGUCCGGGGGAGUCUUCGGUUCGCGGACGUUAGCUGCCCAAAUGCGACGGCAAUUAACGACGAUUCAGCGGAUGUGCCCGAAUUCUGGCUUGAACUCGUUUACUGCGGCCAUAACCCGGCAUGUCCGCUGGAGAACAUUUCCAAGCCACAGAUUUUGUUCUCGGAGCAGGUCCGAGGUUUUCCUACCACUAGAGUGAUUAAUUUUCGCUGUGAUCUUUUUGGAUUAGCUGGAUAUUAUCUGUUACAUUUACGCUCGUCUACUCAGGAUCCAACACUGGCGGGAGUUUUGAGUGGAGCGAGAGCUCUGUUGAAAGCGGAUUGGAGUAAACAGUAUGUUUUCACGGUGCACGCCAGGAGCAUAUUUCCGUGUGAUGCUCACAGCUCCGGAAUUCACGUCCUGUUUCAGUACCCUUCCUGCAUCCUGAAUCAAUCGGAUCGGAUUCGAGUGUAUGCAAAACUCCGAGCGGACGUAUCAUCGCUAGUGCCUCCAACCUCGCUGCAUUACAUUGCCGAGCAACGGGUGACGAAAGGGCAGCAUACGCUGUAUUUUGAGUGCGACUUGUUCUACGAAAAGUACAUCGAGUACUGCUUCGUUUACGUGAGCCAGGCAAUUUCCGGUGCCGUUGCCGAUGUCCGGAUGGACUGUGUACCAACGCUUCCGGUUUCGCCCUCCGAUUCUGGCGGAUGGGGACCGUGGAGCAACUGGACACAUUGUUCGACUACCUGCAGGGGUGGAGUACGGAAUCGGUAUCGGUUUUGCGAUUCGCCUCCCCCUCGAUACGGGGCGAAAUUUUGCGAGGGUGCCUCCGUUCAAACGGAACGCUGCGGAACGCAAACUUCGUUCGAUUCGUGGGAAUGUAUGUUCAGUCCCGGUGCCGGCAGUACUCUCCCAUCGGAAAUCGCCGACGUUAGUACCGAAAUAGGGCCGGCCUGUCGGUGCGGUUGCAUCAUCCACCUGGGAGCGGUCAAACCAAAACGGAUAAUAGCAUCCUCUUCGGAAAGUUGCCCAGAGCGUAGUCUUUGGUUGAUCCAAGGCGAUGGAGGCCACCGGAUACGAUUCACCAUGGACUACAGCAAGUUCCCGUGCGAUCAACAGUGGUUGAAGGUUCGCGAUGGCGAUAAACUUUCCCACGAGCUGAUCCUGGAGUACGCAUCGGGGCAUAUCGAAUCCGGCAAGAGUGCUGACUCGACGGGUCCGCAUCUGUUGGUGGAGUUUCACUCGAAAAAGAUGGAACACUACGACGAGAACUGUAUCGCUGGGUUCCUCGGACAGGCGGAGCAGAUAAAAAUCCUGCACAACAACGUUUCCGUUUCGAUAGCCAGCAGAGUCAUUAUGCCGUUUGUGCAAUCCUUCAGUUAUGCAAACCUCACGAUAGUUCACAUAUGUGCAAUAAUAUUCUUAAGUUUCAUUAUCUGCAUUAGCUUCCUGCUGUUGGUGCAGUACAUCUUCCGGUAUCGCAAGUAUGAGCUGGCGACCAGUCUGAUGGAGCCAGAUUCUCCAGCUCAUACACUGUUUGGUUCAGGAAAUUCCCUGAACCACUCUCAACAACCACGAUCACGUGCCAUGUCGACGACUACGUUGAUAUCGGAGAUCGUUUCCUAUGUGAAACUCCGACCCAAGAGGGGCUCCUUCAAGCAUAACCGACUACGGGAAAGCGUAGAAUAUACUAUUGAAAAUGUGGACCUUCCCUCGGAUGGAAGCACUGAGUUGAUCGGGAAGGCCCAAUCUUCGGAGAAGGUUGAUGAGAUCCCGUUGCAGAAUCUCAACAAUCUCGAUCAUCCGAAUGGGAGUGAGUGUAGUUCGCCACCGACGGAAGUGGCCGAACCAUACUCGGACGAUCAAUCGACAAACGUCAGCUCGGCGUCUUCGACGUUGAACAGGGAAGAGACUCCACUGGUGACGAGGGGAGAAUCGAAGAAGACUCCCGAACGAAGGAAUCAGAGUAAAAGUGAAGGGGAGAGAUCACCAAGCGAGAAGAUUCAUCUGGCAAGCAGUAGCAGUACGGUUACCCUGACGAACGUCAGUCCAUCGGACGUUGAAUGUUCCUCGCCGGCGUCCAGCGUGGCCAACAUCAUCAACAACCGUACGCGCAACCUCAAGGAAAGCAAAGAGAAGAAGAACCUCCAGAAGCUCCUGGCCGGAUCGGACUUCUCCCUGGGGAACCCCGAAGACAUGGAAAUGGACUAUUACGAUUACAACGUGACGAAUGCCGGUGCAGCGCCUGGUUCCUAUCUCGGCAUGGAUCCGGCUUUUUUAGUAUGGAUUCCUCCUCUCAACGAUGAGGACAUCACGGAGGAAGUCGAUCUGGAGAAAACCGACAGCGAGCUGGAGCUGUCUUCCGAGCCACGGAGCAGUAACGUGACACCGAAUGAGGAGAUCAUCAAAAUCCUUCAACAAAGGAGAAACGACUAUCUCAUAGUGAACAGCAUCUCCAAGAGUGACAUCUACUCGGAAGUAGGGGACCAACCGACGGAUAAUCGAUCCGUUAAUAAGAAAAAUCACCUACAAGAGCUGGCUUUCAACAAUGCGAGGCGGAAAAUCAGUCCUCCCAUGGCGGAUGAUUUUAUCGAAGAGGAACGGGAGAAAGAAACAUCCUUCACCAAAUCCCCAGUGGAUAACAAACAGAUUUCCGAUUUCUACGAUGUGGCUGACAUUCAGUUCGCCGACGACGAGGAGGACGAUGACGGUGAUGAUUCGACGCCCGCGAUCAAGACCAACGGCGAAGCGGACGUAACGACGGCGAAAUCGACCAAAGUGUGAAACGUGUGUACAAUACUUCUUUCGUCAAACUGGGCAUAUCGGUAUCAUAGAUAGUUGUGGAGAACUUUUUAUUCCCUUAGUAGAACUAGAACCACCAACCAAAACAGAGAAUGGGACCUCUUUCUAGUCAGGUAUUUUCACCCCGAAAGACGUGUGUAGUAAAGUGUAUUAGAAGCUCCAAGUAAAAAAAUAUAUAUAUUUACACCGAACGACAGUCGAGACAGUCGCAAGAUGAUGAUGAUGAUGUAGCGGAAAUAGGAAUUGGAAACAUGAGUGUGGUUAGUUGCCUUUUUGCCCCUUUCUCUUCUAGAAGUGAUUGAUUGAUUUUUGUAAUAUGAAGCCCAGGGAAUUGAGCUGUCACUGCUGUAACGCCUAUAGUCAUUUGUCACAUGUAUUAGCGGAUUUGUGAUGAGCUUUGUCAAGCUUCAGAAUCACGAUGGAUUGUGGUCCGGUAGGGAUUGGAAAGUGCAACGCAAAGCGGUGAGAUUGUAGGAUGUAUAUAAAGAAUUAGUUUGUUUGUUAUUCGAAAAUUAGGGAAGAAUCGUGUACUUAUUAUUAUUUUUGUUUCCAUUAUAGACUGACUGACUGAUUGUACAUUGUAGUUGCAAAGUUGUAGGUUCUAAGGAAAAAAAAUGCAAGCUUUACAGUCAAUUGAAUGCAAUUUGAGCAUAACUCAUAACUAAGGUUAAUGACCCAACAAACAUUAAAAGCUGAAUAAGUGCUUAUUUAGGCAAAAGUGUGCUACUUCAGCUAAACAAAUAGAUUAUUCAACUUUUAAGUUUUAAUCAUCUCAAAUUGUUUGAUGGGGAGAAUUUUAUUUUUACCUUCACAAAAUAGGCAGUUGCAUAAACGAACAUUAAACAACGUAAUUCACUAGUAAACGAGGUUGUCUGACUUUAGGUAUACCGUACGGUGCCCGUUAAACGCUGGACCUCCAUUCACCGCUAAUUUUUUUUAUAUUUAU